GUGUGUGUGGGGGGGUUGCAUCUCGCCCUGCUGAGCUCAGGAGCGGAGCCUGCCUGCGUGGGGGUGCGCUCAGCGACCCACACUGCCGGGGCUGCUGCAUUGAACUGUGGAGGAGAGCGGGGUGUCUGCAGCGGUGACUGUUGUGUUUUGCAGGGAAUUGGAUGUAGCACAGGAAACUGCUGCAGGGAUUGUCUCCACAUGGAAUAACUGCUCUGGAACGACUGCUUCGGAUUAGCUAGUCUGUGUGUGAACGCUUGGCCGUCACAUUCGAGAAUCUACUUUCAAGGGAAGGCACAAGGCAGGCCCUUCCUCCCUGCUCCCAAGGAAGCCACUCCUGGGCUCACUUUACUGCUUUCUUCCUUGCUGCCUCCUCUGUACAGUUCGGCCCAGUAGCUGCCAAGGGCAGAGGAUCUGGCACUGGGAUCUCUGCGGUUGAUUGCUGCCUCCAAAUUGGACCCAACUGCAGCUAGAGAGGAACUGGUCAGAGCCCAGCGCCCGCACUCCAGCGUUCAUCCCUCUCGGUGAGAGAGGAGAGGUGACAAAAGGUGUGGGUCCCAUGGAUUCGGAGCAGUUACCCAAUGGAAGACAAGGUGAUCUGCCUAACAGCAAACUCCAGAGAUCCGUUGGGUGGAAAGCCCCGCUGGCCGUCGGCGUGGUAGUCCUAGUCGUGAUUGUUGCUGUUGCUCUGGUACUUUUGCACGUGAAAUCUCCUCUGGAAUCCAAGCUGCCUCAUGUCUCCACCCCAGUCCAUCUAAAUGUAAGAUUCCCUGCUCCCUGCUGCCCGGAUGGCUGGGUCGGGUACAGAGGGAAAUGCUACUAUUUCUCUGAGGGCGAGGGGACCUGGGACUCCAGCGAGAGCUUCUGCUCUUCACUCAAUGCCUCCCUGGCUGGGAUCGACACUGAGAAAGACCUGACGUUCAUUAUGCGAUAUAAAGGCGUCUCUGAGUUCUGGAUUGGCCUGAAGCGAGUAUCAGCGCAGACCUGGCAAUGGGUGAAUGGCGAACAGUUCAACAACCUGUUUACGGUAAGAGGAGACGGCGACUGCGCGUACCUGAGCGAUGAUUUUGCCACUUCGUCGUGGUGCUCCACGAAGCGCUACUGGAUCUGCAGCAAACCCGACGGGAUGCAAAGGGAGGAUGCGAUGCCGGGGGACUGAAGGGCGAAGGCUGGGGAAACGCCUCAAGGCCCAGCUGCCUGACGCUCCAAACGUCGCUCAAUAAGAUCCUCAAUAGAGCUUGACAGAUUCUUUUUGUUGUUGUAAAUAAGCCUCUUUUCUAACCUGCUCUUUACUGUGGCCCCUGUAUAGCCUCUUUGUCCUGGGUGUAUAACUAAGACCCGGUCUACACUUAAAACUCACUCCUGAAUGCUGUAGCUAGGCCGACGUCACCCCCAGUGUAGACACAGCUAAGUUGACCUAGCUACCGUCACUGGGAAGGCGGAGUUCCUACAGUGAUGGGAAAUUCCCUUCCCCCACUGUAGGAUGUGUCUGCUCUGGGGUUAUGCCAACGUAGGCUGCUGCCAUGUCCCCAUACUGUGGACAUGGAUUAAAACCCCUUCCCAGCUCCCCCUGCUGUUGUCUGUCAGGGUGCGUCUACACUGCAGUGGGGGUAUGUGAUUAAAGCAAUGAAGGUGCAGCAGCAAAGGUCUUUACCCAGGGUUCCAGCCUGUGUUGCUGCGGCCUCAUUGCUCCAGUACGAGCUACAUUAAAAUUAGCAUGUGUAUGUCUACACGAUUGGAAACCAAACCCUGUGAUUGCAAUGUGGACACACCCUCAGCUCUGCUGUGCCGGCCGAGCAGGAAGGCAGCACUGCUUGAAAACGGACGGAGACUAUCGUAAACAGCAACAGGCGAAGACAAUCCACAGCAAGCAGGGAUGUGAGGCAGCCACACACAACAUCCUCCCAAAGGAAGGAAGCUGCGGCAAGAGACAAGCAGCCAAGCUGUGGAUUUUCUUCGACUGUUGCAGAACCAGGCUCUGCUCACUCAUGCUGUCUCCCAAUCCUGAGCAGCAAAGUUGUGAGUUAAGGCUAAAUGGGACUGGGAUCCGAACUCACCAAUGGGCCCCUUGUUGAGGCUUCUAGUGAUGCCUCCUGCAUAGGGUCGACUUUGUUGUGUUGUCUCCCAGAUCAAAAUAUGGUAGCUGCGUCUUUGACGGAGAGUCUCCGUUGUGGAGGGCCAGAAAUGAGGCGCAGGUUCCAACGGAAAUCAAAAUGUCUGUAUGUUUGAGAGCGUUACGGUCUUGCUGGGCUUCUUGAGCCUGGAAAGAGAAGGCCAGGCAUGCGUGCAUGCCAGGAGAAGUUGAUGUACUACCAGAAAAGUCACAGAGGCGCUGGCGCCCUGUGAAGAAGCUGUGGAGCUGCCCAGGAGAGGGGUUUACUUUGUGAGAAGGCAUCGGGUUGUGUACUCUGUACUAGCAAUAAGGAAUUGUGGGUCGCUGUCACCGUUGCAUCCCGCCACAAGAAUUUGCUUACAAACUCAUAGGCAGAGCGAAUGCCUUUUAAUCUCAUUGAGUUAUCUUUCAAGGCGAGUUCGAGGCAGAGAAGCCGAGGUAUGUAGAACCCUUUCGAUUGCACUUGACUUUCCCUGUGAUCAAGUUUUUAAUCAGUGAGCAAAACAAACCGCAAAAUCUGAUUCAGGGUAAGUGGGCUGGUUUCUUGACUUUGAUCUUUGUCUGUAUAAGGGUCAUUUGCAAAUGUUGCUUAAGAGUUUAAUUCCCCUUGGACUCACUUGCCAGCUAAGUUACAAGUACUUUUGUGGAGGACAAGAUGCACAUUUUCCCCUAGUUUGAGGUGGCUGGGUAUUUUCUAGCUGCAUCAUCUGUUCAAACCAUGGCAGCGGAAUCUAAAUAAUUGAAAUAUAUAAAGUCUCACAACUAACGAAAAAUUAAUCGUGUGAUACCAUGGAGUGUUCACUGUUCACCUAUUUAAUGAUUUGCUGUUUACUUCUUUUGUUUUAUAAAGUUUGCUAUGACUUUGUCAGUCCUAAAGCUAACAGUCAAAAAAAGAAAACAAAACACUUUGUAUUCUUUUCCUUCUGCUGUAAUUUGCUCAUAGUCAUAGAGUUUAAGGCUAGAAGGAACAUCUUGUUUUAUUCAGUCUGUCUUCCCUCAUUCUAACUUAGAGACAACUGAAAGUUUUCUGAUGAAAAGUUUGUCAGAAAACAGGAUUUAGUUGAACAUUAACUUUUCUUUUUUGCAGAAACUUCAUUUCCAAUGACUUUAUAUUUUAGUUUUCUGAAGGGUGUUUUUUUUUCCCCCAAUACACUUUCAGGGGAAGCCCCAAUGGUUUUUAGAAUUUUUGAAAUUGUGCUGUUUUUUUUUUUUUGUUUGUUUCAUCUCUCCACUUUCUAGCUGCUUUCCAACUUUAGCCACAUGGAAAACUAAGAGCGUUUAUGAUAGUAAUGUGUUGUGUUAAAUGAACAUUUCAAAGUGAAAGUGUUCCUUAAAAAACUACCCUCCUACCCAGACGCAUACAAACCCUUUCUCACUCACUGUCUCCCAAGUGGAAGAAAUUAGGAACGAGUAAAAACAUAUAAGUGGGGAAAGAAGUUUUGCACUUAAAUUGUUCCAUUAGGAUGUUUAAAAAUGUGUUUUUUGGGAUUUUUUUUUCCCCUGUGGAAACUUUUGCAGGACAAAAUGCUGCUUUUCCAACUAGUUCUAGUCUGUAUUGUUGUUGUUGUUGUUCCCUUUUAUGUAUCGUUUAUUUUUAUUUUCCCCCCUGGCCUAGCGCCAUCUGAUGGGCUGGAGUAGACAUUGCAAUGUCUAGAUUUGCUGCAGAGCACCCAAAUCUUCUGCUGUGUAGCUAGAGUGGAGACCAGCGCUGGGAGAAAGGUGAGUCAGAAGCAUAUUGUAUUUGACAUGAGCUGGGUGACUCCUCCACACUAUCCCAGUGGGAAAUACACACUGCAAAGAUUAAAAGCGGGGAGAGGAGAGCUAAUAUACUAAUCAGCAGUACAAACUCAAUACAGGGAUUAUUGUAUAGAUUUAAUGUAUCUAACUCUGUAAUUACUUGCACUUGUAAUUAAAAUA